GUCGAAUUUUGCGCGUCGGUGCCAUUGGUUUGCAAGAUGCUGGCCCGCGCCGUCCGAGGCCGCUUCGUGAAGCACUUGAGCACCAGUGCCAAGCAAAGCCACUACCAAGCCUUUGUCUGGGGCGACGGCACGGCUGGCCAACUCGGACGAGGUCCUGUCGAAAAGUCUGGCGUCGCGCGCAAGUACACGGAGCUCAGUCCGCAGCCCAUUGAUGCGUUCAGCUCACUGAAAGCCAACGUGACUCGAUUGUCACUUGGAACAACGCACAGCGCUGCAGUCGAUGCAUCGGGACGAGUGUACACGUGGGGGCAAGGCGAAAAGGGCGAAUUAGGUCUCGGCGACCGUACCAAGCAAGUUGACGUGCCCACGUUGGUGGAGCACUUGAAGGAUGUGCAUAUCGUGGAUGUGUCAUGCGCGGUCCAUCACACGGCGGCCCUCGACAAGGAAGGGCGGCUGUUCACGUGGGGCUAUGGCGGCACGUCCAUGUCCGACAGUGCGCUCGGCCUGGGACCUUCCGAGGGCAAGAAUGUGGCGCUACCGACACUCGUGGAAACGUUCAUCGACGACGGCGUUCGACUGCAAGCCGUCGAUUGCGGCGACUCUCACACCGUUGCGCUGUCUGCGGACGGCGAGAUCUGGACGUGGGGGCGCGGCGACAACGGGCGGCUGGGCAACGGCGAGCUCAUUUCGCUCGACUACCCCGAGCCCGUCGAGUUUUUCGACUCGAUGACGUGCACGGCGAUUGCAGCAGGCCGAUCCUUCUCGCUCGCGCUGCGAGACGACGGCCGCGUGUAUGGCUGGGGCAAGAACAAUCACUUUCAGCUCGGCCUCGAAGGCGGUGUGCUCGACAUCAACAACGCCAUGGAGCGCAUUCCGAUUGAAAUCCGAGGCUUUGAAGGCGAGACUGUGGUCAAGAUCGCUGCCGGCACCGAGCAUGCCGCCGCUCUGACGGCGUCCGGCAAGCUCUAUGUGUGGGGCGCCAACUUGUGGGUGUAUCCAAAUGAGAUUACGCCGCUCAAGUCGAAGCGGCUCGUCGACGUUGCAUGCGGCGAUCGCUCGACGUUGGUCGUAGCAGACGACGGAUCGGUCUAUUCGUUUGGCAAGCGCGGCAUCGGCCGCUCCAACUACUUGGGCCAUGGCGACACCAACCCGCAGCCGCAGCCCAAGCAAAUCGAGUCGCUUGCAAACCAUCUCGUCACCAGCGUGUACUGCGGCUACCGCCACUUGGGCGUCCUGGCCAAGAUGGGCGGCGCGUCGGUGGACUCGGACUUCUCCCUGCGCAACUAGACCAUGCGACGACGGCGGCAGAAGAUCCGCCAGAGCCAUCCGCUCAUGCGAGAUGCAUGCAAUCGAUAUAUAUACAAUGGAGGUAAUAUCGCAGACGGGCACACCCGCUACACGAUCGCGUUGUCGACGGCAGUGGCCGGGAUGUGACCGAGCGCGCGGUUGAGGCAGUCGACGAGCUUGUUGAACUUUUCCUGCUCGAUCUUGGCCUUCUCCAGGUCGAGUUCGCGGUCCUUCUCGCGCAUUUCCUUUUCGUGGCGCAGUUUGCGCUCGUUCUGCUUCUCCUCGAGUUCCUUGAGAUGGAGCUCUUUGUGGAACCGCAUGCGCUCAAACUCCAAUCGUUCCCAGUCCAACUGGUACUUUUGAAUCUCGAUGGUUUUGGGGUCGAGCGGCGGAGGGCGCUUCCCGGUGAACGAGCCAGGCAUGGGCGGCCGCUUGUUUGGGGUUGCCUGGCGUGUAGUCUGCUGUACGAUCGCGUUCAUGGCGAGCUGGGUCUCGCUGUCGAGGUCUCCGCCGUCGUCGAUCCCGCCUGGCAAUCCCAUCAUGUUCAUCGGCAACGACGUCAUCAGUCCCAUAUUCACGUUGCACUGGGCAAGAUAGUUGCGUCGCAGGUCUUCAUUCUUCGCCAGCACUUGGUACUCUUGCCAUCGCACCGGAUGGGCGCCACUCAAGUGGCUUCGGAUGUUGUCCACUCGGAACGAUCGAAAGUACUUGGUCGUGGUGAGACCGCGGCGGCGCUUGCGUUGGUUUCCCGACGGCGACGACGACGUGUCGUCGUCGUCCUUGUCGCGUACUUCUCGGCCAAACGACUUGCACAGGCCACACACGGCCAAAAUAACCUCGCCCGUGUGGGGAUGGCGCUCGACGACCUGCAGGCCGAACUCGACUUCGUACUUGGGAAUCCAGUGGUGCCGUCGCAUGCGGUCCUUGAGUUCCUUCUGCCCUUGGACACUCGGGUCGUCUUGCAUGACCAAUUUCGAAGGUUGAAAAAG